AUGGCCAUCCUCAAGACGACCCCAGCAGCACCUACUGCGAUCAAUCCAGAACGGAGUGAUUCAAUGGAGCACGCUCCUGCUGGCGAUGUCGAGAAGGAAUUAACCUCUGUGCAAAAGGAGUCGGCGGGCGCCAGCCCAAGAAUUGACCCGGAGUUGGAAAGGCGAGUGGUUCGCAAGAUCGACUGGCAUGUAACGCCGCUGGUUACCUUUUUGUUUCUUCUGUCGUUCCUGGAUCGAUCAAACAUUGGCAAUGCGCGUAUCGCGGGCAUGGAAGAAGACUUGGAUCUGGAUGGCGACCGCUACGAUUGGUUGCUGACCAUUUUCUACAUUUCCUACAUUGUGUUUCAGUUCCAGGGUUUCAUGUGGAAGAUACUUAAGCCACACACAUGGGCUUGCCUCAUUACCCUUGCAUGGGGCAUUGUGGCAACAUGCCAAGCCGCAACACAAUCCUGGGGCGGCGAGAUGGCUCUACGGUUUUUGCUGGGAGCGGCCGAGGCUGGCUUUGGCCCCAGCAUUCCGUAUCUUCUCUCAUUCUUUUAUCUGAGGCAUGAACACGGGUUUCGCAGCGGAAUUUUCCUUGCUGCCGCGCCUCUGGCCAACACCUUUGCAGGGGCGCUGGCCUAUGGAAUCACCAGCGGUCACUCGAAGCUGGCCAACUGGAGGCUUCUUUUUCUGGUUGAAGGCAUUCCGACCAUUCUGGCCGCCCCGUUGGCGUGGUUCUUCCUUGCGGACAGUCCCACGACGGCCAGGUUCCUGACCGAGGAAGAGAAAGAGGUUGCAAGGGCGCGAGUCAUCCGACAACAUGGCCAUAAAAAAGAGGGGGAGCAUAGAGUCAACUUCAAGGACAUUGGAUUGACUCUGCUCGACCCCAAGGCGUGGUUCACAGCAUUGAUGUACUUUUCUUGCAACGUCUCGUACUCAUCCUUACCGGUGUUUUUACCUACCAUCAUCAACCAGAUGGGCUUUUCAUCGAUCAACGCUCAAGGACUGUCGGCACCACCGUACUUCGUCUCGACCAUUGUGACCGUGGCGACUUGCUGGAUCGCCGACCGUACUCGCCAGCGUGGGUUGAUGAUUGCAUUUCUGAGCUGCGUCGCCGGCAUUGGAUACAUUCUUCUAGCAACUUGCACCGCGGUGGCUCCGCGAUAUUUUGGCACAUUUCUUUGUGCCUCCGGGGUGUUCCCGGCCAUUGCCAAUAUCUUACCGUGGGUGGUCAACAACCAAGGAAGCGACAGUCGCCGGGGCAUGGGAAUCGUCUUGUUGAAUCUGGUGGGUCAGUGCGGACCCCUCCUGGGCACAAGAGUGUUUCCCAAGAAGCAAGGCCCCCGCUACAUAGAGGGCCAAAGUAUCUGUGCAGCAUUCAUGUUUUUCAACGCCUUCCUGGCCCUGAGUCUGAGGACGCUUUUGGUGUGGGAGAAUCACAAACUGGACCAAAAGUAUGGACGGGUGGAUGAGCGCCAGGCACAAGAGGCCCGCGAUGGGGGAGUGGUAGCUGACACGAAUGUCGGGGAGGAAAACUAUGGUGCGGCAUUCAGAUAUAUCCUCUAG